GGCCGUUCUUCACCCGUACGACCCUUCCCGCUUCCCCCGUGGUCACAACUCUUUAUUCUUCUCUUGAGGCAGCUUUUUGCAAAUCUUUUGAUUGUCUGGGGCUCAGUUGCCAUCUGCCUCCUCCAGCGUCAGAAACUCGCCAAAGGGGAUCACGUGAUCCUGGGACAUUGCAACCAACAUAAGUACAUGCCAGUUGCCGAGUGUCUGAAUUUUGAUCACGUGACCACGGGGAAGCUGCAACGGUCGUAGGUGUGGAAAUCGGACCUAACUCAUUUUUCCCGCGCCCUUGUAACUUCAAAUGGCCGUUAAACAAAUGGUUGUAAGUUGAGGACAACCUGGGACCCUGAAGGUCAUCUAGCCCAGCUCUUGCCCAGGGGAAGAGAGAGAUUGGGGACAGAGGACCACUUAGCCGCUGCUGAAGAACCUUCGUGAUCGUUGUCCUCUUCUAAUUGUUUUGCCCCGAAUGGGAGACCAGCAACCCUCCGCGCCCCCGCAUGCCCCCCCACCCCCGUCCUGCAUUGGGGGGCCUCUUCCAGUAAAGCCGCCCCCUCUGAUGUCCUUGUAGUUAUCUCGAAAGACGCCAGGAGCCCCAAACCCUUUGUCUUCACCAUCCAUUCCCAGCAGAUGAACCACCCAUCCCAGUCGCUGGACGUCGCCACGGAUACGCUGGAGGAGCUGAACGACUGGGUGGCCAAGAUCCGGGAGGUCACGCAGAACGCAGACGCUAGGAUGCAGGAAGGGAAGAUCAUGGAACGGAGGAAGAAGAUUGCCCUGGAGCUGUCAGAGCUGGUCGUUUAUUGCCGCCCGGUGCCCUUCGAUGAGGAGAGUAAGUGGCUUCGUCCCAACUUCUGCUUCAGGACAGGCUGACCAGAGGCUGGGAUUUAUUUAUAUGUAUUUAUUUGGCAUAGGGCAUUUACAGACGUCAUCUAAUCACUGAGACCACAAUUGAGCCCAAAAUAUCUGUUACUGCAGCUGCUAAUAACA